UCUGAUGAUACAGAUCAAAAAAAAAACUUGCCGAUUGCAUUAUUUACACGAAUUCAUGUAUUAUUAGCCAGAAAAUAAGCAUGGACAACCCAAGAUUACAGCAAUUUUUGUCCGUAGAAAGUCAGAAAGUUCAAACACGAGCUCAUAUAGAGUUACUGACGGAAAAAUGCUGGGACAAAUGUGUUGGUUACCCAAGUAACAAAUUGGACUCAAAAACGGAGAACUGUGUUAGAGACUGUGUUAGCAGAUAUGUUGACUCAUCAAAUUAUGUUUCAAACAGACUGAGACUUAAUGCCCAAAAACUGACACAAACGCCACAACCAUUCUCUUGAUAAUCGAUACUGAAAAAAAAAAGAAAAUAUGAUAUAUGCUAGAUAUCUCAUGGUUUGAAGUGGAUGAAGCAUGUAUUUCGUGUUAGGAAGUGGAUAAAGAAUUAUGUUAUAACUGGUCUUGAUGACUUUCAUUUGGAACUGUGCUACUUUUUUUAUUUUAACUUUAUGAUUGUAAUACACAAAUAUUUGAAAUAAACAUGCUAUAGCUUUA